AUGGUGAAGAUCUGUUGCAUUGGAGCUGGCUAUGUCGGUGGGCCUACCAUGGCUGUGAUUGCAAUGAAGUGCCCAGAAAUUGAAGUAGUAGUUGUUGAUAUUUUUGAACCGCGAAUCCUUGCCUGGAACAGCGACCAUCUCCCCAUUUACGAGCCAGGCCUCGAGGAUGUGGUGAAACAGUGCAGGGGAAAGAACCUCUUCUUUAGCAAAGAUGUGGAAAAGCAUGUGGCAGAGGCCGAUAUAGUCUUUGUAUCAGUGAAUACACCAACCAAAACUCAGGGGCUUGGAGCUGGCAAAGCAGCUGAUCUAACUUAUUGGGAGAGUGCUGCUCGUAUGAUUGCAGAUGUGUCAAAAUCUGACAAAAUUGUCGUUGAGAAAUCAACAGUUCCAGUGAAAACUGCGGAAGCAAUUGAAAAGAUUUUGACCCACAAUAGCAGAGGCAUCAACUUUCAGAUUCUCUCCAACCCAGAAUUUCUUGCCGAGGGAACUGCAAUCCAGGACCUUUUCAAUCCAGACCGAGUCCUUAUUGGUGGCAGGGAGAGCCCAGAAGGGCAGAAGGCAAUUGAAGCAUUGAAAGAUGUUUAUGCCCACUGGGUUCCCGUUGAACGGAUCUUAUGCACCAAUCUCUGGUCUGCUGAACUCUCGAAACUUGCUGCAAAUGCCUUUUUGGCACAGAGGAUCUCUUCUGUCAAUGCCAUGUCGGCACUCUGUGAAGCCACAGGUGCAGAUGUCUCCCAAGUGUCACAUGCUAUUGGCAAGGACACGAGGAUCGGGCCUAAGUUCUUGAAUGCAAGUGUGGGUUUUGGUGGAUCGUGUUUCCAGAAGGAUAUUUUGAACCUGGUCUAUAUUUGUGAGUGCAAUGGCCUCCCUGAGGUUGCAAACUACUGGAAACAGGUUGUUAAGGUGAAUGAGUACCAAAAGACCCGUUUUGUGAACCGGGUGGUUUCCUCCAUGUUCAACACAGUCUCGGGUAAGAAGAUUGCGAUAUUUGGAUUUGCUUUCAAGAAAGACACUGGUGAUACAAGGGAGACCCCAGCCAUAGGUGUUUGCCAGGGCUUGUUGGGUGACAAGGCUAUGUUGAGCAUAUAUGACCCUCAGGUUCCACAGGAACAGAUUCAAAGGGAUCUCUCAAUGCACAAAUCCGAAUUGGACAAACCUCCUCAUCUUCGGGCAGUGAGCCCCAUAGCUGUCGAGCAAGUUAGUUGCGUAUGGGAUGCGUAUGAGGCAACAAAGGGUGCUCACGGGAUCUGCAUUCUAACCGAGUGGGAUGAGUUCAAAACCCUUGAUUACCAGAAGAUCUAUGAUGACAUGCAGAAGCCUGCUUUUGUUUUUGAUGGACGGAAUGUAGUGGAUGUUGAUCAGCUGAGGCAAAUUGGGUUUAUUGUUUACUCCAUUGGUAAGCCAUUGGAUGCCUGGCUGAAGGACAUGCCUGCUGUGGCAUAA